UCUAAGUGGUAUCACUCCUGAAGAUGAUUAUAAUCUACGUAAUGAUGAUGCUGACAAUAUGAGCCUACUUACUCUGACGCCAAGCUUGGAUGCUGGAGGUAUGGAGUUGUGCAUAGAACCUGACCUCAACUUACUUGGAAGACGCAUGGAUCAUUCUGGCCGAAAGAAGAGCAGUGAACAGAGGGCUCAAACCAGACUCGUAGACUCAAAAUUUUUUGACAAGAAAUCCAGACAAGAUCAUGUUUUAGGAGGGAGCAUAACUGCUAUGGAAGACCAAUAUCGCUCGAAAUUAACUCGACAAAGUUCUUUUAAGGCUUAUACAAUAUUUCACGGGGCCUCUAAAGAAGCCGCGGCGCACAGUUUAGGAAUCACUGGCCUAGCACCUCUAAUGGUGCAUAAUAUACUUGUUUCUGGCUUUAAUUUCCUAUCCCACAUCGGUAAAGUUUUAGACCAAUUCCAAUCUGCCCAGACAGAUUCUUCCUCCUUCCAAUCUCCUGUUCAUCGGGUUUUUUGUAAGAAGAUGCCCGAGGCCUCCCUGAUAUUCAGUUUUCUGGCGUGCUCUCCAUAUGUGGCCAGUCAUUCCGUUGCACUCCAGUAA